AUGAUCGUCCGGGCGGCAAGGUCGCCAAUCGUAUGCCUGGCCUGCCGGCUUCGGCUUUCGCAGCGGAACGGCUCCUUUCCACUUCCACACACGGCGGCUUCGGCUUUGGCUUUCGCCGCGUACCAGCAACGCUCAUCGAGACGGCACGCAUCCGACUUGUCGCCCCGAGGCGCAGAAAGCACAGAGGACUUUACUCUCGCAGCCGUCCGUCAUCAAGACGAACCCGCCACCCGGGCCGAAGCAGCCGCGAGAUGGCAGCCGGGUCACGGCGAGGCGGAGGGCAAGAGCGCAGAAGAGCAACGGGCAGAUUCAGGGCCCGAGUCUACAACAGCCGCUGAUUCGGCGCAUGCCCCCGAUCCGGCUGCAGAUCAGGAUGCCUACGGCAUGCCCGAGAACCCAGCCCCGACGGAGGAGCGAGCCGGUGCCAGCCGCUCGGAGAUGAAGAGACGGGGAGGGUUACCUCACGACCUUGUCAGCCGCCGAAGCCUCGGCGUGAACGCGCUGGGAAAGCCGAUCGAAGCGAUUGUCGUAAGCGCGCAAAAGGUCAAGAGGCCCAAGAAGGCUAUCCCGGCGCUCCAAGAGAUGCAGGCCCCGACCGACGCCCCGAUCAACUGGCGGACGGUUUAUCCUCCGCAGGGAGACGAGUCGGCCUUGUCCGACAAAGUGUGGGACAACAUCGAGGAGAUCCGACCCAAAGACGGCAGGGCCGUGGGGGAGAGGGAGUUUGAGAAAAUGAUGGAAAGCCUCGUCAACGGAUUCACGCAGGAGCAGCUCGUCACAUAUCUCAACCUCGACAACCGCCCCGGUGGUGCUGGGUGGGCCGACGACGCGACGCCGAGCUACCCCUGGAUCCGGAGCCAAAGCCCUUGGUCUGCCGCGCAGCGCAGCCAUUGGCAUGAUCUCAGGAACAAGCAGCGACAGGCGUUCUUGAUCCUGAGCGCAAAGUGGAAGCUGGAAGUGCGCGAGCACAUCCAAGGCCUCGGCGCGGCUGUUGUCUGGCUGCAGCCCAAGGUGUUUGCGCUGGUUGCCAGACGGUCUAGCGGAAUCCUCGAACAACUUCGCGCCGAUUACCUCGACAAGUCGAACAACGAGAGGAUAAGCACCAGCCCCCAAGAGAAUCGGCUUGGCAUCUACGCUCCCAAAGCCACCGUCUCUGCAGUGCUGACGAGGCUUGACGAGAUUGCGCGAAGCAUCCAGACCGAGACGGUUCCCGUCGGCAUGAUUGAAGAGGACAACUUGCGGGAAGAGAUGUUGGAGGAGCUGGCAAACUUGACCAACACGGCUCUACAGCUUGAUCAAGAGCACGCCCAACUGUCGGUAUCCUGGCUUCCUGUGACCGACGCCCCCAGCAAAGAACUGGAAACCCCCCCCGAUGUCGUGUUGAGGCUACUGGUCAGCAAGGAGAUGACUCCCAAAUACAAGCAAGUCCAGGUGCUGCCCGAGACGCCCUCUGCAAAAACCACGAGGAGCGCUACUGUCGCACAUCAGCGAGACAAGCGAAGCAUGGCCUGGAGGGACAAGCUACGCCCGUGGUAUCGAUUCACCAACCCCGUGGGCCACGCAACCGACGCGAUGACGCCUGCGCUCGACUUCCCCCGCCAUGUGCAGCUGCCUCGAGCGCACCUGGCCUCUCCCGAGGAGCGCGUCGAGACAGUAGCCACGUUUGGCCACAUCCUGCACAUGGAGCAGGGUCCUCGAACGGCCAAGUCGGCAGCGAAGCGGCGGACUCUCUGUCCCGUCGUUCCCCAUCCGGCAGCACUCACCCACACUACCGCCGAUGCUCCGGCUCCCAGCGCCCAGGAGAGGAGCAUCAUCCUCAACUUUGCCGCCGACGCGACAGCCCCAUCGUCUUCCGUCGGCGGCGCCAUCCCCCCCCCGGUCCGCCUGCGCGUACCCAUCAACGCCCUCACGGACCUGUCCAACUUUUCCUUCCCGCGCACGUCUGUGCUAGAAGCCGUUCUGCCGUGGCGAGAAAUCGACAUCCUGCUCCCCAACGAGAGCGUCGACGUGCGAAUCUCCCAGACGCGCCUGCUGCCGCUCGACGCCGGCCAAGCCCCCCUCCAGGAGUUCCUGCGCGCCUCCGAGUUCAACCCGCUCCAGGGCCGCCUCCUCACGCCCAGCAAGACGACCUUUUCCAUCCCCGGCACGUGGGUAUCCGCGGAGCAGUGCCGACCCGCCCCCGCCGGCCAGCCCGCCGGCCAGCCCGCCAACCUGCUCGUCAACCUGCCGUACACGUUCGCCGGCCUGGAAAUCCACCAGGCCAUCGACCUCGACUGGAAGGGCCACGUGCUCCGCUACAGCAGCACAGAGGCCGGCCAGCAUGGCGGCCAGCAGCAGAGGCUCUCGCUCGCUUCCGCGGCCGCGGCCGCGCCCGGCAGCAGCAACGGCGGCAUGACGCGGGACCAGCUGCAGAGCUUUUUGACGCUGGUCGAGGAGACGGCAACCGGCGUGCAUUUUUCGUGGCAUGAGGGACACAAGCUCGCGCAGGCAGUAUCGAGCGACCGUUCCACUUAG